UCACCAUCCCUCGGCCUCCCCCUUCCCUCUGUCUUUACCCAAUCACAGCCCCCUCCAUAAUUUCACACCUGCCCUCCAGCCUUCUAAUCACACCCAUCACCCCAAUAUGUUUGCCCCUCCCACGGCAUUGCCUCCUCCUCCUCCUCUGACAUCGGGGACAUUACAAGUUCCAGCUCAUCCCGCUGGCACUGCUUACUCAGAGCAAGAUCUUCUCCGCCAGGAGCUGAACACUCGGUUUCUGGCUUCCCAGAGCGCCGAUCGUGGCGCCUCGCUGGGCCCACCACCCUACUUGAGGACGGAGUUCCACCAACACCAGCACCAACACCAGCACACGCACCAACACACGCACCAGCACACCUUCACGCCUUUUCCUCACGCCAUCCCGCCAACAGCCAUCAUGCCAACGCCAGCACCUCCCAUGGUGCGUAAUCCAGGCAGAAAUUUAUUCCACUCCUAUCCUCCUGCUGUGUCUGGGAUCCCUCCUAUGAUCCCUCCAACUGGUCCUUUCGGCUCGCUGCAAGGAGCGUUUCAACCCAAGACUUCAAAUCCUAUUGAUGUUGCGACAAGACCUGGAGCUCUUCCUCAUACUCUCCUUCAGAAGGAUCCCAGGUUGACAGAUCCAUUCAGGCCUAUGUUGAGGAAACCAGGCAAAUGGUGUGCUAUGCAUGUUCAUAUUGCUUGGCAGAUAUACCACCAUCAACAGAAAGUCAAGAAACAGAUGCAAUCAGAUCCCCAUAAGUUGGAUUUUGGUUUGAAACCUGAAUUUCUGAGCAGACCUCCAGGUCCUAGUCUUUUCGGGGCUAUCCAUCAUCCUCAUGACUUAGCCCGACCGGCAACUCUCUUCUCGGCAACCAGUGCCGCCCAUCCAGCCGGUCCGACGUUUGGCCCUCCCCCGCACCACAGCAACUUUCUCAACCCCGCAGCCCAUUUAGAGACUUUUAAUCGGCCCACGACGUUCACCAGCCUUGCAGCCAUGAGCAGCAAUGCCUUCGGGGGACUUGGCAACCAUGCCGUUACACCCAACGCUAUGUAUGGCCACAAGGAUUGCCCCGGCAUGCAAAGCUAUAGCAACCCUCACGAGCCUUGGAAUCGUCUGCACCGAACGCCUCCUUCGUUUCCGACUCCACCGCCCUGGCUGAAGCCAGGUGAGCAGGAACGCAGCGCGUCCGCUGCAGCUCAUGAACGAGACAGAGAUGUAGAUAAAGGAGACGCUUCCCUUAGUAAAGAUGACAAAGAAAGGGAGACUAUUGAGAAAAGACAUUCAAGCCACCCUUCACCAGCACCUAUCCAUUCUGUGAGUUCCCUUGGACACAGUCGCAGCUCAGUUGAACAGAUUAGGAGCCACCUGAACUCAGAAGCUCGUGAAAAAGAGAAGUCCAAAGAGCGAGAGAGGGAUCACCCAGAAUCACGGAAGGAUGUCAGCGUCGAUGAGCAACACAAGGCAAAGGACAACUACAUUUCAGACAAGGAGAGUGUGACCCACGAUAAUAGAGCGCUGGAAGAAUCUAAACAAGCAUCUCGGGUGCCUUCACCCUACACCAGGACACCUGUUGCCGAGAGCACCAGACCUAGCAGCAACUCGAGCCGGGAUGCUGAGAAGAAGAGUGAACCUGCUUACGAGAACCUGAAAAAAUCGAGCGAGGUCAAAGUGAAGGAGGAGAGGAAGGAAGAUCACGACAUUACUCCGGAAACACCACAAACACACCGGCCCUCUGAGCGGCCACCGUCCAUGCCCACAUCCAGUGUCCAUCCAGGCCCUUUAGCGUCCAUGCCCAUGACUGUGGGUGUCACUGGCAUCCACCCCAUGAACACCAUCAGUGGUCUAGAUAGGACUCGCAUGAUGACCCCUUUCAUGGGCAUUAGCCCAAUCCCGGGGGCCGAACGCUUCCCAUAUCCUUCAUUCCACUGGGACCCCAUGAGGGACCCCUUACGGGAUCCCUACAGAGACUUAGACCUCCAUCGGAGAGACCCAUUGGGCAGGGAGUUUCUCCUGAGGAACGAUCCGCUGCACCGCCUCUCCACCCCAAGGCUCUACGACGCAGAGAGAUCGUUCAGGGACCGAGAGCCGCAUGACUACAAUAAUCAUCACCAUCACCCGCUUUCGGUUGACCCGCGCCGCGAGCAUGAAAGAGGGGCCCACCUGGACGAGAGAGAACGGUUGCACAUGCUCAGAGAGGACUACGAGCACGUACGGCUCCACUCCGUGCACCCCGUGGCCCUGGAUGGUCAUUUGGCUCACCCGAGUCUCCUUACUCCGGGACUUCCUAGUAUGCAUUACCCGCGAGUCAGCCCCCCUUCAGGACUUCAGAACGGCAUCCUCAAUAAAGCCCCUCCCACAGCAGCCCUGAGUGCUCCUCCCCCUCUCAUUUCCACCUUGGGACCUCGGCCUGGUUCUCCCCGAAGGACUACACCUCUGUCGACAGAAAUGCGGGACAGGCCGCCCUCUCACACUCUGAAAGACAUCGAAGCACGAUAAAGAUGGCCGACAGACAUCCAAGAGAGACGAACAAUUAGACAAAUGGAUCUUCUUACUCAAUAAAUGUGGACUUUGGUAAUGACCCAGCUGUAUUAAGAUGUACAUACCCAGGUGUACUAAGGUUUUUUUGCUUUCCUUUCUUGGUUUUUCUUUUCCAAAAAAUAAUAAUAAUAAAUGGUUGGGUUGUAUAUUAUAUGUUGAAAAAAAAAAAGUUUUCAGAACCUUUUAGACAAAAGUUGGCACAUUUUCUACGUAAAUGCUCUUUCUUUCUUACUGUUCCUAACAGAACAAGAUGUAAGUCAGUAUUUCAUCUCCCCCCCCUCCUCAAAAUCGUCCCUUUUUCCACCUUUCUGUCUUUCUCUCUCUUUUCAUUCUCUCCAGGUUGAAAUGAAGAAAAGCAGAAUUCCUUUAUUUUAUUAUUUUAUAUAUGUUUUUCUCCCCCCCGGUAAGAGAGUUGUUGAAAAUAACGUUAUUUCGUGGGUUCGUGGGUCAUAUAUGCAACAUGGGUAAGACGAAAGCUUUACUUUGUAAGUAUGUACAUAGGAAAAAAAAAAAAAGAAUAAGUAACAUAAUGCAUUACUACUUCUUCAACUGUUCUCUUUGCAGACUUUUAAUUGUGCGAAAGACCGCGGAGCUGCGGUGCAUCUAAUGUCAUAAGACAGCUAAACCCCUUCAGCUAUGCAAUUAAUUUUUGAGGUUUUUCACAAAAGCCUCUUUAAAUCAAAGGCGCCUUGUCAACACACACAAACCACACAUAAAGUCAUACUUUCCCUGAACAAACCCACAUAUCCCUCAUCCCUUUUGGAUGAAGACACAAACCAUCUUCAUCUUCAACAAAUAGAAUUUGGAUCUCACCUAUUGUUUGUUUUUCCUACCUGUUGUUUGUUGCUUGUUUUUUGUUUUUUUUAAAAAACCAUUUGCUAUCUAGUAUUUUGUUGUUUCUUUUCCUUUAUUCAAUUUGAAAAAUGUUGUACAAUGUUCAGAUGACAUCCAGCCUCUUCAGAGCUAUUCCGGUGUCACUGUGAUUCAAACUUUAAAACUCAGAAGUAGAUCAUUUUUAUUUUUAUUGUUUUGCUGAAAUCCAUUUAGAGGAGCCAAGCAAACUCUGAAUUUAACUCACAAGAAUCCAGCAGCAUUAUUGCCUGGGCUGUCCUUCUCUUUAGGCCUUAUAAAGGGUGAGGAAUGAGUAAGAGAAGGGGACUUACAAUCUGCUUCACCACCACCCCCUUCCAGGUUUUCUGCCAAAUUACAACUUUGAAUUAAGAACUACAGGCAUUAUUAAAUAAAUGAGAAAUGAAAAAUCUUUUAACAAUUGAAAUGUUAGUUUCAAUUUUAUCAAAUGAAGCUAAUUGUCCUAACUUUGCCUAGUUGUUCAUCCUUGUUUCAUCCAACAUGUAGAGUGUAAACUAGGGGUCUCCAAACUUGGCAACUUUUAAGAUUUGUGGACUUCAAUUCCCAGAAUUCCUCAGCCAGCAUGACUGGCUGUGGAAUUCUGGGAGUUGAAGUCCUAAAGUUGACUGGCUGUGGAAUUCUGGAAGAUGAAGUCCACAGGUUCUAAAGUUGAGUGGCUGAGGAAUUCCAGGAGCUAAAGUCCCCAAGUCUUAAAGUUGCCAAGUUUGCAGACCUCUGGUAUAAACAAAGAUUGCGCGAAGUGACAAAAUGAGUGUCAGGAAACAAAACUGACACUUAUACAGACUAUUCUGCCCAGGAGGUCAGGAAAAGCAAGAUUGGCAGUCAUGACAUGGUGAAUGCCCGGCUUAUGUUUUUUAAACUUCGGGUUUUUUGUGUGCAAUGCCUGUAGAAAUAGAUCCGACUUCGAUCGUGCAGACACAGCUGCCAUUGGACUUCCUAACCUCUCUCCCAGAUGCCAUUGCAGUUACAUGCUUCUGCCAGAUUUUGAGGUCAGAGUAGUUAAAGCCCAAUAACAAUAUUUGUACAACAUCCUAAAAGUGGUUCAUGAUCACCUUGGUUCAUUUUUUUUUUUUUUUUAGUUUUGUGGUUUUAAGAUGCUAUGAAAAUCCAGUCCAUUUGGUGAGUUUAUAUAUAGUGCAAACUCAAAAACAAAGCCUCCAGAUUCUUGCACCUAAUUAUAUAAUUAAGGAAGGAUUGUGUAGAGAAGAAUGCUGGGGUUUGUAGUCCAAAAUCUGGUCGGCAACUGAUUGACCUCGGCCACUGCCUUAGUGGUUCUAGCCACCUCCAAAACUUUGCAAACAAAGGGCGCCUGAAUGAUGCUUCAAGACAUUUUGCAGAAACAUCUUCUAUUAUUUUGGCAUCGGUUCGAUCUGAUAGGAAUUGGAGCCCCGAACAAUUGCAGUACACCAUGUUGCCUCUAUGAUGUGAGCUGGGCCUUAUAACUAAUCUUCACUUUUCUAAAUGCCAUCUGUUGUAAACCUGAUACCUCUGGUGCUGUAUGGACUAGCAACCUGGAACGUGGAUAUCUUUGCCAUUUGGGAAAAAAGAAUCACCGAUUUUGGAAUGGGGUACCGAUUUUCUUAACCCUUUCCCCACAUUCAGACACCAAUCGAACAUCCAUUAACAUGGGCAUAAUCCUUGUUGUAAGGAUGCACUUUUGACUAGGCGAAGGUCUGCUCUUAGCUCUUCAGAAGCUUUGGUAAGACAGUACACUUACGUUAAUAUUUUCCCACCGUCCCAUCAUUGUAGGGUUGAGCGCAAGAGGGCCAUGGCACUAGGUUGUCUGUAACUUCCUCUAGAAACUCACAGGAGCACCGUGCAUAUUCCAGAAGUGAGAAAAGGCUUAACUUUCAUGCAGUCGGACAGUCUAGGACAGUGUUUCUCAAUCUUGGCAACUUGAAGAU